AGAGUACCAUGUGUGUUAAGUGAAUGGUAGUGAUAGGGGUAUACCAAAACCGGGCAUUCCAUUUAGGGUCUAAUGCAAAAUUGAUUGGGCCUUUUAACAAAACGAGUCGGGCCAGUUCUCGAAUCAGUGGGUGCUCUCUCCACCCUAAUGCUUCGUGUUUCACAACAACCGCCUGCCACGGCAUUGGCCGCGGCCGCCACCACGUCGGCUCCGGUGGUUUCCAGCCGAGGAGGCUGAACUAGCAGGCAUCGGGAACGCGAAGAAUCGCAAUCUGACCCCUCCUGCCAAAUACGCUUCAUUUUGAGUUCAGACAGGAGCAUUGCAGUUCACGGAGGCAAAAGAGUGGCCCGUAGUUUUGCUUCUGAUGGGAUAACCCGAAUUUAUUGAUUUCAAAGAGAAUCAACGAGCCAGUUUUGAAUAAGGGCAAUUGGGAAACCCAACUGCUGCAGUUGCAGAAGAGAACCCGAGCCUGAAAGCCAAUUUGUUCUGAUAAAGGUUGUUGAAGAUAGCAUUUCACUGGCCUAUGAUGAUGUUAACAGUUUUGUGCAAAAAGGCAUUUGAACCAAGACUCCAUCAAUCAGUGCUUUACUCUCUUAUCAUUGUAUCCUCCCUCUCCCAAACAUGGCAUCAAGGUUCAACAUCCACCCUACCUCCGUCCUUUCUCCGGCCGCCGCCGCCGCUUCGCCCCUUGCAGCUGAGGAGGCUGAGCUAGCGGGCAGUGGUGAUGUAAAGAAUCGCAAUCUUUCCCCAGCCAAGUACGCUUCUUUUUUGAGUUCAGACGGGAGCAUUGCAGUUCACGGGGGGGAAAGAAUGGGGCGAGGUAUUGUGACUGAUGGAAUAACCACACCAGUCGUUAACACAUCUGCUUAUUUCUUCAACAGCACAUCUGAACUAAUUGACUCCAAAGAGAACAGACGAGCGAGUUUUGAAUACGGGCGAUUGGGAAACCCAACCACUGCAGUUGCAGAAGAGAAGCUGAGCGCGCUGGAAGGGGCAGAAUCGACAUUGUUAGUGUCAUCUGGAAUGGCUGCCAGUACCUUAAUGAUUAUGGCAUUGGUCCCUGCCGGUGGGCAUAUUGUCACCACCACCGAUUGCUAUGUGCAGAUUAGGAUCUUCAUCAAGACGAUACUUCCUAAAAUGGGCAUCACCGCCACGGUAAUCGACCCAGCUGAUAUGGAAGGUUUGGAGUCUGCAUUGAAUAGACACAAAGUGAGCCUUUAUUUCUCAGAGUCUCCAUCAAAUCCAUUGCUAAGAUGUGUUGACAUUGAGGCCGUUUCCAAGCUUUGCCACGAAAAGGGCGCAUUGGUUUGUAUAGACGGAACAUUGUCCACUCCCAUCAACCAAAAGGCCUUAGCUCUCGGGGCUGACCUCGUCCUGCAAUCCGCCACCAAGUACCUCGGCGGGCAUAAUGAUGUUCUGGCUGGAUGCAUCAGUGGACCUAAAAAGUUGAUUUGCCUAAUUCAUGACCUGCAUAUAACAAUGGGUGGUGUUCUUGACCCAAAUGCUGCGUAUCUUAUCAUUAGAGGGAUGAAAACGCUGCACCUCCGUGUUCAGCAACAAAACGCAACGGCAUUGAAGAUGGCUGAAAUUUUGGAGGCCCAUCCAAAGGUGAGGCGUGUGCAUUACCCGGGGUUGCCAAGUCAUCCAGAUCAUCAUAUUGUCAAGAGACAGAUGAGUGGCUUUGGUGGUGUGGUCAGUUUUGAGAUUGAUGGAGACCUGAAGAGAACUGCUAAAUUUGUGGAUGCUCUGAAGAUAGCAUACAAUGCCCCAUCGUUUGGUGGCGUUGAGAGCAUUGUGGACCAACCUGCUAUUAUGACUUAUUGGGAUCUUACCCCGUCGGAAAGGGCCAAACUCGGGAUAAUGGACAACUUGGUUAGGUUCAGCUUUGGGGUUGAGGGUUUUGAAGACUUGAAGGCUGACGUUCUUCAGGCUCUAGAGACCAUAUAGCCAAACGCGGCGUAUGUAUGGAGUCUAGACACUGCACGCUUUCGAUCCCUCUUCGUGCUAUUCUAGCUGGUGUGGUUGUUUCGUUUCUUUUUAAAAAUUGUUGUAUGGUAGUUCAAUAAAUUUUCCAGUUGCGUGACAUGACAUAUGCACAAUGGAAGCUUAGAGAUGGAGGCAUGUCAAUCUCAUCUCUUUCGAAGAGUUCGAUUCGUAUCAAGACAGAAUAAUACUGGUGUAUGUUUUUUGUAACACAAAUGCAAUAGUUUUCAAUGCAUAUUGGUUCAAGCUUCAAAAGCUAUAUUCCUGUGGAUCAUGCUCACUUGCUUAUUCCAAUUUUAGAGGAAAAACUUCUAGUUUACCUAAAUAUGUCUGGAACAUAAUGACUCUCUUAAUAUAGGAUCAUAUGUUUU